UGCCGACGGUCCCCGCUGCUGCACAAGUGCAAUGCUCAGUCUGCAACGUUAGCAAACUCAUUUUCUCAUUUUCGUAACCUUUUUUUUUGUUUUUGUUUUUUUUUUUAUUUUUACUCCUCUUUCUUUUCUUUUCGUUGAGCACCACCCCACCGGGUUUUCGGACAUGCCGAACAUCGUGCUUUUUAGCGGGAGCUCUCACCACGACCUGUCCCAGAAGGUGGCUGAUAGGCUGGGGCUGGAGCUGGGCAAAGUGAUAACGAAGAAAUUCAGCAACCAGGAGACAUGUGUGGAAAUUGGGGAAAGCGUGCGAGGCGAGGAUGUGUACAUCGUGCAGAGCGGCUGUGGCGAAAUUAACGACAACCUGAUGGAGCUGCUAAUCAUGAUCAACGCCUGCAAGAUCGCCUCCUCUUCCCGCGUCACCGCCGUCAUCCCCUGCUUCCCCUACGCCCGGCAGGACAAGAAGGACAAGAGUCGAGCACCCAUAUCAGCCAAGCUGGUGGCAAACAUGUUGUCUGUGGCCGGCGCCGACCACAUCAUCACUAUGGACCUCCACGCCUCACAGAUCCAGGGCUUUUUUGACAUCGCAGUGGACAACCUGUACGCAGAGCCUGCUGUUCUGCAGUGGAUCAGAGAAAACAUUCCCGAGUGGAAAAACUGUAUCAUUGUGUCUCCAGAUGCCGGUGGAGCAAAACGUGUGACGUCCAUCGCAGACCGCCUGAACGUGGACUUCGCUCUCAUCCACAAAGAGAGGAAGAAGGCCAACGAAGUGGACCGCAUGGUGCUGGUGGGUGACGUCAAGGACCGCGUGGCCAUCCUGGUGGACGACAUGGCCGACACCUGCGGCACCAUCUGCCACGCUGCCGACAAGCUAAUUGAUGCAGGAGCGAUAAAGGUGUACGCCAUUCUCACGCACGGCAUUUUCUCCGGUCCGGCCAUUUCUCGCAUUAACAACGCCCCAUUUGAGGCCGUGGUGGUGACCAACACCAUCCCUCAGGAAGAGAAGAUGAAGGCGUGCCCGAAAAUACAGGUCAUCGAUAUUUCCAUGAUCCUGGCUGAGGCAAUCAGAAGAACCCACAAUGGCGAGUCAGUGUCCUACCUCUUCAGCCACGUUCCCUUGUAAAGAACAAGAGAAGGGGGGCAGCCCCCGGAACCUGUGCCCCUCCACACCACCCCUGGUCAGGCCACACAGUCGGCACUUUGGGCCACAUAUCCUCCAGAAAGGCUGUAGGAGGCCUGAUGGUUUUUGGCCAACCACAUGUGACUCUUUAAUGGUCACUCACUGUUUUUGACAUUUUCACCCAGGAGACAGAGCGAAAUAUCACUUCCCUCUCUGAAGACCAGCUUUGUAUUUAUGAAUAUCUCCUUUUUUCUGUUUAUACUUUUUGUUUCAGCUUCAGUCUCACCAACCUUGAAUAGCAGAGGCCUGACCUUCACCUUAACCAAAGGGUCUAUUAUCUAACAUUAUGUAGUAUUUGAACCUCACUUUAAAAGAUGCAUUCCACUACGUCAUGUGAUUUCAGAUGUUUUGGCCCUUUCUGCUUCGCAAAGUAACAAAAGUAGAGCACAAAUGUGAAAAUGUGCACCUCCUCCCCAAGUGUUUGCUUUAACAGCUGCUAAAAGUUUUCUAAUAAUCAUUUUAGCUUAACCCUGAACUAGCUAAAGCUCUAUGGAUUUUGAUUGUAGGCAGUGAUUGUAGUUUAUGCGCUAUCAUCAGGUCAGUGACAGUAGUUUAACAGCUGCACCACAUGUGUUGUUGUGACCACAGAGAAAAAAAGGCUUAAAAUUAGAGGACUUUGAUUCACUCACUUUGAUUCUUUUUUCUUUUUCUUUUUUUUUUUUGCUAAGCUGUACCGAAUGUGCUGUUGCAUCCUCUGCAGUGUCAAUACUCCCAAUAAGCUACUAUCACCCGGUGGUUGCACAUCUUUAUAACAUCCCUCUCCUUCAAUUCUGCUAAUUAUGCUUAUAUCAAAUUUAAGAGCAACUUAAAAAAAACUGACAGGCCUGUUGUUGAUUGAAAGUGUGUUAAUACGAGGUGUUUUGGGUGCUUUACCCAUGUUCCAAAAGGUCAUGAAAAGUAAUUGAGCCCAAAGCUUGAUUAUAGUGUUAAGAUUUCAGCCAUGAUUUGUCAUUAAAAAAAUUGUGUAAUUGUCACAGCUGUAUUGGGUCACUUUUGUUGGAAGAGGCAGGUUUCACUGUGCCUGUAGGUGGAUUUAAUUUUUUUUUUUUUUUUUUUUAUAUGUAACACUUCAAGCUGUUUCUUUGACAAUAAAGCUUUGACAAUGGCUUACA